CGCUUUCAUCUGGAGUUUUGGUGGAUUUAUUCUGUAUGCCUUCUCGUGACUUUAGCCAGGCGUUGGUCUAUCCCUGGUACGCGUGAGAUCUGCAACAUCAUCAGAUCUAAGUGAUAUCUUCUUUAGACGGAUCCAAGUAUCUGACACCGCAAGAUCUCAAGUGACCCACCGCCAGCCGGGAUGACCUCGUCCCCCGAGACAGAUCCCAAGGCUACGAGCGGGACCACGACACCCAGCAGUCAUCAACAUGCUCAUCAUCAUUUCCAUCACCCGCAUGUCAGACGAUUGACUCAAUUCGUUCAUCCGCACAAUGGCAAGACGGUCCAUGUCUGCCAUUCACCGGAACACGCUGAAGAGAAGAAGCGAGAGCUAUUGGAGCAGGAAAAGGGACUCACCGAGUUCGACAUUGUCUUGCAGGGCUCUCCUGAUCAUGUAGAGGCUGUCAAACAACUCCAUAUGCACCAUGAAAAGCGCAGAGAUGACCUCAAGGAACGUCAUGGCGACAUCUAUUCCGACAUUGAAAAUGUCAAGUCAGAGCUCGAUUCCUUGUCUGCCGAACUCCAUCACCUCACCACCCACGCUGUGUCUCUGGAUGCAUCUUUUGACCGAUAUGGCUAUUCAGCUCAUCUAAGAACCAAGGAUGAAGACUCAGAGGUUUCGUCACUGCAUAGCGACCAUCCCUCUGCGAGCGAAAAACACGCUGAUCGCUCCCUCGAAGCAUUAAAGUUCAUUCGUCGCCCCGUUGUACGGCAGUAUUUCCACAAAGGUCUCCUAUGGAGGUCCUCCAAAGCCGGCGAGGUCGCGUCCUUUGAAUUAUUUGUCGACCUCGUCUACGUCGGUGUGAUCGACAUUGUCGGUGAAACGGCCGUCGAACAUCCUGGUGGACUUGCCCUAUUGCAAUUUGUUAUUGUUUUCUCUAUUGCUUGGAAGAUCUGGUCGGAUUUGACCAUGGUCAUUAACCAUUUUGAGAUUGACGAUAUCGCGCACCGGCUGGUUGUUGUGUUCUACCUCGUCUGUCUGUUUGGGUUUACUACCAACAUUGCCUACGCAUUCGAAUCUACUUACACGUCAUUAAUCGCCUUCUACAUCACCAAUCGUAUGUUUGGGGGUAUCUGGUAUCUACUCGUGGCCAUAGCGUUACCUAACAUCCGAGGACCGAUGAUUGGCAUGUCGAUCCAGAUCUUUUUAUCGGUCGCGAUAUGGAUUGCCAGUAUUCACGUGGAAUGGCCGAAUCAAUUGGCGCCGAUCUUCAUUGCUUUGAUAUUGGACCUGUUUGGAGGUAUUUUCUUGGUCUAUCUCUUUCGCCAAGUUACCACCAAGGUCCAUUUCAAAAGCAUCGCUCGCUGGUUCGAUUUCAUGCCGGCCAUCAACAUCGAACAUCGUGUUGAUAGAAGCAAUGCUUUUACUUCACUGGUCUUUGGCUAUUCGAUUCUCACCAUCCUAUUCCAAUCGAGCGCCUCGUUCGGCAUCAAUUCCUUCUUUGGCAAAGGUGCUCUUGGUCUGAUCCAAGCAUUUACCUUUAAUUGGAUCUACUUUGAGAUCGACAACAGCAAUAUACACGUGCACGCGAUCCGGCGACAUUGGUUCAGCAGUUCGGUGUGGGUCUCGGCGCAUCUACCGUUCAUCAUGGGAUACAUACUUGCGGCAUCGACAUUGUCGCAACUAGUGCUUGCUCACGACACUGCAGAUGCAGAUGAGCACGACCUAGGCCACCACUAUGAGGAGCGGUCGGUAGGAGAGAUCCCCGUGGCGCUUCGGUGGUUUUACUGCGGAGGAUUGGGCACCGCGUUGAUUUGCAUGUCUAUCAUCUCGUUCACGCACAUCCACAAACGACUGGCACGAUCACGGUUGAGGAAACGCCCUCGUCUGGUCAUCCGCCUCGGCGUCGCUGUUAUCAUCAUCUGCUUGCCCAUCGCCCGCUCGCUUACGUCGUUGGAACUCAUCGCCAUAACCACCUGUCUGGUCGCCUUCGUCCUGAUGCUCGACUUGUUUGGCAAUUCCUGCCAGGGUGACCGUUUUUGGACGGGUGGCUGGUGUGACGGGGAAAAGAAAAAGUGCAACUACACGGCAAACAUCAAGUUGGGCCGUCGUCGGAGAAAGGAGUUGGAAAAGGCCUUGAUCCAAGGUCAGAAAUUGUCCAUUGCUGACUUGAUGAAGAGACAUUCUAGCAUGAGUAGUUUAGAGAGUGCGCCUAGUCGGGAUGAGGAGUGGCAGGGUGGACAUUAUUAGGGGUUAGUUGUGUUCUUUCUCGUGUAGAACAGGUCUAUUGAAAGCAGAGCGAAAGGGCAAUCCUCAAAGGGUUUGGAUCUCCUGGGUAUUGAUUGGGACAUGUAUGAC